AUGAGGAUGGAACCAGUGCUCUGCUAUGAGUCUGUCAAUGGUUCAUGUCCAAAAACCAUCUAUCCACUGGCCAUACGGAUCACCCUCUAUGUGAUCCUGGGGAUUCUUGUAACCCUAACAGUGUUUGGAAACUUCCUGGUCAUCGCUUCAAUUGCAUAUUUUAAGCAGCUCCAUACUCCUACUAAUUAUCUAAUCUUCUCUUUAGCUGUGUCGGACCUUCUUUUAGGGCUGAUUGUCAUGCUCCCCAGUAUGAUUCGAUGUGUAGAGUCAUGCUGGUAUUUUGGUGAUGUCUUCUUUGACAGACACUAUGCUGUUUGUCAGCCUUUAAUAUACAGCAGAAAAAUUACUGUUAAUGUUGUGCUGAUCAUGAUUUUACUCAGUUGGAGUGUUUCAGUGAUGAUUGGCUUUGGGAUGGUUUAUCUGGAGCUAAAUAUUUGGGGAAUUGAGGAGUUCUUUUAUACCCACAUUUCCUGUGUGGGAGGAUGUGUUUUGUUUCAGAGUGGUCUGUCGAGUACAGUCUCAUCAGUGCUUUCAUUUUACAUUCCAGGGAUAGUAAUGCUCAGUGUCUACCUGAGGAUUUUUGUCGUAGCUCAGGGACAAUCACGUCGAAUACACAUCACAGCAAAGAUCUCCAGUACAGUUGUUUGAGAAAAGAGAAGCUCCUCACUGAUCAGUGAUGGUACUGUGGUGAUAC